CUGGUCUUUCCCAGAAUGCAGUACAGCGGCGUCCCCAUCCCUCCCCCUUCCUCCGCUCCGCCUCCUUCUCCCCCUGGCGUCACGCGGGAGGGCCGGAGAUUGGAAUCCGGGUUGAGCAACAGCGGUGUCGGAACAGCUGGGUAUGGGAACAGUGCACAUCGGAUCUCGAAAGAGUGGACAAACUACAUUCAUGGAUGGCAAGAUCGUUGGGUAGUUAUGAAAAAUAAUACUUUGAGUUACUACAAAUCUGAAGAUGAGACAGAGUAUGGCUGUAGAGGAUCCAUCUGUCUUAGCAAGGCUGUCAUCACGCCCCAUGAUUUUGAUGAAUGUCGAUUUGAUAUUAGUGUAAAUGACAGCGUUUGGUAUCUUCGUGCUCAGGAUCCAGAUCACAGACAACAGUGGAUAGAUGCCAUCGAACAGCACAAGACUGAAUCUGGUUAUGGAUCUGAAUCCAGCUUGCGUCGACAUGGUUCAAUGGUGUCACUGGUGUCUGGAGCAAGUGGCUAUUCUGCAACAUCCACCUCUUCAUUCAAGAAAGGCCACAGUUUACGUGAGAAAUUGGCUGAAAUGGAAACCUUUAGAGAUAUCCUAUGUAGACAAGUUGAUACUCUACAGAAGUACUUUGAUGCCUGUGCUGAUGCUGUCUCCAAGGAUGAACUUCAAAGGGAUAAAGUGGUAGAAGAUGAUGAAGAUGACUUUCCUACAACGCGUUCUGAUGGAGACUUCUUGCAUAAUACCAAUGGCAAUAAGGAAAAAUUAUUUCCACAGGUAACACCGAAAGGAAUUAAUGGUAUAGACUUUAAAGGGGAGGCAAUAACUUUUAAAGCAACUACUGCUGGAAUCCUUGCUACACUUUCUCAUUGUAUUGAACUAAUGGUAAAACGUGAGGAGAGCUGGCAAAAGAGAAUGGAUAAGGAAAUGGAGAAAAGAAGAAGAAUAGAGGAAGGAUACAAAAAUGCCAUGAUAGAACUUAAGAAAAAAUCCCACUUUGGAGGACCUGAUUAUGAGGAAGGUCCAAACAGUCUGAUUAAUGAAGAAGAGUUCUUUGAUGCUGUUGAAGCUGCUCUUGACAGACAAGAUAAAAUAGAAGAACAGUCACAGAGCGAAAAGGUCAGGUUACAUUGGCCUACAUCCAUGCCAUCUGGAGAUGCCUUUUCUUCUGUGGGGACUCAUAGAUUUGUCCAAAAGCCCUAUAGUCGCUCUUCCUCCAUGUCUUCCAUUGAUCUAGUCAGUGCCUCUGACGAUGUUCACAGAUUCAGCUCCCAGGUUGAAGAGAUGGUGCAGAACCACAUGACUUAUUCAUUACAGGAUGUAGGUGGAGAUGCCAAUUGGCAGUUGGUUGUAGAAGAAGGAGAAAUGAAGGUAUAUAGGAGAGAAGUAGAAGAAAAUGGGAUUGUUCUGGAUCCUUUAAAAGCUACCCAUGCAGUUAAAGGAGUUACAGGACACGAGGUCUGCAAUUACUUCUGGAAUGUUGACGUUCGCAAUGAUUGGGAAACAACUAUAGAAAACUUUCAUGUGGUGGAAACAUUAGCUGAUAAUGCAAUCAUCAUUUAUCAAACACACAAGAGAGUGUGGCCUGCUUCUCAGCGAGAUGUAUUAUAUCUUUCUGCCAUUCGAAAGAUACCAGCCUUGACUGAAAAUGACCCUGAAACUUGGAUAGUUUGUAAUUUUUCUGUGGAUCACGAUAGUGCUCCUCUGAACAAUCGAUGUGUUCGUGCCAAAAUAAAUAUCGCUAUGAUUUGUCAAACCUUGGUUAGCCCACCAGAAGGAAACCAGAAGAUUAGCAGGGACAACAUUUUAUGCAAGAUUACAUAUGUAGCAAAUGUGAACCCUGGAGGAUGGGCACCAGCCUCAGUGUUAAGGGCAGUGGCAAAACGAGAGUAUCCAAAGUUUCUAAAACGUUUUACUUCUUACGUCCAGGAGAAAACAGCAGGAAAACCUAUUUUGUUCUAGUAUUAACAGUGACUGAAACAAGGCUGUGUGACAUUCCAUGUUGGAGGGAAAACUU